AUGGCCACCAUGACAAUGACCAUGCCGGUGGCACCCACCAAGAAGACUGCCAGGAAGAAUGCGAAGAGUGUCCCUGAGAACGAGCGCUAUAUGCGAGCAUGCUCUGACAUCGCGAAUGCCCUCAUUCAAGACUACGAAUCAUCCAGGGACUCGUCGCAGCCAAAGAAGGAUAUCAACCUCAACAAGCUGCGGGGCACCUUUGCGAAAAAGCAUCAUUUGAGCACACAGCCGCCAUUGACAGCCAUCAUUGCCGCUGUACCGGAACACUACAAAAAGUACAUCUUGCCAAAGUUGAUCGCGAAACCCAUCCGAACUUCUUCGGGUAUCGCCGUUGUCGCCGUCAUGUGCAAGCCUCAUCGUUGUCCUCAUAUCGCAUACACCGGAAAUAUCUGUGUUUACUGCCCUGGUGGCCCCGAUUCCGACUUCGAGUACUCGACACAGUCAUACACUGGAUACGAGCCAACCUCCAUGCGUGCGAUUCGCGCGCGCUACGAUCCCUUCGAGCAGGCCCGAGGACGUGUGGAUCAGAUCAAGUCGCUUGGUCACAGCGUGGAUAAGGUUGAAUACAUUAUCAUGGGUGGAACUUUCAUGUCCUUGCCGGAGGACUAUCGGGAUACCUUCAUUUCGCAACUUCACAAUGCGCUUAGUGGAUACCAGACAGACAACGUGGAUGAGGCCGUGCUGGCUGGCGAGAUGAGUAACGUGAAGUGUGUUGGUAUCACCAUCGAAACACGACCUGAUUACUGCCUGGACACACAUCUGAGCAGCAUGCUGCGGUACGGAUGUACCCGUCUGGAGAUUGGUGUGCAGAGUCUGUACGAGGAUGUUGCGCGGGAUACUAAUCGCGGACACACUGUUGCCGCAGUAGCAGAGACAUUCAAGCUUGCAAAGGACGCUGGCUUCAAGGUUGUCAGCCACAUGAUGCCCGACUUGCCCAACGUCGGAAUGGAGCGUGAUCUGUUCCAAUUCCAGGAAUACUUCGAGAACCCAGAUUUUCGCACAGACGGUUUGAAGAUCUACCCCACGCUUGUCAUCCGUGGCACAGGUCUAUAUGAAUUGUGGCGUACCGGCCGCUACAAGAACUACACUCCCAACGCGUUGGUUGACCUAGUGGCUCGCAUUCUGGCCCUGCGUGAUAUUCCCAUGCCGCUGGUUACCUCCGGUGUCGAAAACGGUAACUUGCGCGAGCUGGCUCUGGCCCGCAUGAAAGAUUUCGGAACGACCUGUCGUGACGUUCGCACCCGUGAAGUCGGUAUUAACGAGGUAAAGAAUAAGAUUCGCCCCUCACAAGUCGAGCUCAUCCGUCGCGACUACACCGCCAACGGUGGCUGGGAGACUUUCUUAGCCUACGAGGACCCCAAGCAAGAUAUUCUCAUCGGCUUGCUUCGCCUGCGCAAGUGCAGUGAUACUCACACAUUCCGCCCUGAAUUCACUGGCCAACCGACUAGUAUCGUUCGUGAGCUCCACGUCUACGGAUCCGCUGUCCCGCUCCACGGCCGUGAUACCAACAAGUUCCAACACCGCGGAUUCGGAACCUUGCUUAUGGAAGAGGCCGAGCGGAUUGCACGAGAGGAGCACGGAAGCACCAAGAUCAGUGUUAUCUCUGGUGUUGGAGUCCGGAGCUACUACGCUCGUCUUGGAUACUUCCUUGACGGACCUUACAUGUCCAAGAUGUUGGAUCCCUGGGAGGAUGAAGAGUCAUAG